AUGAGUGAUUCACUUGCAACCAAAUCUGGUAAAAAUGAUGUCGCGAUACCAUCGCAAUCAUAUGUCAAACCGCAAAGGGGCGUUGAAAUUAGUACGGUUAAGCCUAAAACUCCAUAUCAAUAUGCAUUAAAUCGCAUUUCUAAGAACUCUAAAGUAAAAGCCCUAGUUGAGGAUGAUUAUAUUUGCUGUCUCGAGCGGAUUAUUGAAAGGGAUUUUUUCCCCGAUCUGCCAGUUCUAAGGGCCAAUAAAGAGUUAAGAAAUUCGGGCAUGGAUACAAGGGUUAAGGAACAAAUUCUACAGGAGUUGGAAGCCAUAAAUAAUACGGAAAGGGUUAAGGUGGAGAAUGCAGAUGGGACACUUGAAUAUGUAAACCUACCUUCCCUUUCCAAAUUCCAAGAAAACUACACUAGCGAAGACAACAAAAGCUACGAUUCAUUGCUAGUUUCCAAUAUUGCUAAGAGAAAUUUGGAAGAUGCAUGGAUUGAACAUGUGGAAGAUGAACACAAUAAGAAGAUGAACAAGAUACAGCAUCUCACAAAUGAGGGUAAAAAGUCAAAUGAUCUCGCUUGCACUACGUACCGCGCGCGCACCAAUUUGAUGUUCCAUCCAGAAUCAUUGAAUAAGAAGGAAUUUGUUAUGCCUGCAGAAAUUAGACCCCAAAAUUGCAGAAUCAAUCAAUCGCAUAUUGAUGAACUAAUUGUGACGCAUAUGGCACACAAAGAUGCUGUGCAACUGAAUAAUAAGGAACAACAAAGGCGUGACAAUAUCGCUAUCCAUGGGUUAUAUGCAUCUGGUGUAUCAAAUGAUCCUGAAUACGUUUAUACGCCCAAAAUUGUAGCAGGGGAGGCAAUUGAUGCUAGUCCAAUUGUCACAUGGGGUACUGUUGGCCAGGUCGAUAAGUUAGAAGAGGGUGUAAAUGGUACACCAUUUAAUUUGCCAAAUGUGAGUGAGAGAGAUGCUAUCGCAAACAAGCUGAGGAUGAAACACAUUAUGCCUCAUGGAAAGGGCAAGAGUAGUUUGCUUAAGAAAAAGCCGAGUCUGUUAAAGUCGAUAUUGGCUAGAAGUUCCGCUAGUUCAAUUGACACCCAAUUAAGGGAAGCCUAUUCUGGCAGAUCAAGGAGAUCUGGAAGUUCAAUGGUUUCAUCCAUGGCUACUCCGUUGGCCACACCUAUGAGGGAUUCUCCAAUAGAUUCUAAUACAAUAAAGUAA